AUGCACGCUUCAGACCCAAAACGCACCGACCAAGCGAAUCACCCACAAACCGCAGACAUGAUAAAUGAUGUUAUCCAAGUAACAAAAGAGCGAUAUGAGAAAUGCCAGCAGGGAGGUUUGAGGAUUUCAAGGUCAACGGGUAAAGAUAUUGACCUUCGACAACUUUCACAAAAAAUAAUCAAUGCUGCAUUAUCUUUCAAGGAGAUCAUUAGCACAACAGCCGGUUUUGAUCCCACCCACCAUGCUGCAAGUGCUUGGGCUGUCAUCUCACUUGGCUUAACUAUGACCAAAAACCGCUUUGACCUGUGUGAUGCUUUGUUUGAUUCUUCAGAGUAUCUGGCGAAUGUUCUUGCCCGAUGUGCCUAUAUUGAAAAGAAUUUUUACAGUGCUGACUCCCAGGAGAAAGCUGAGAUAGGACAUGCAAUUGUCAGAGUCUACAAGGUGGUUCUCCAAUAUGCAGCAGAGGUAUUGACUGGUCACAAGCCCAGUGUGGGAAGAUGGAUAUUGGACACUGUCACUGCAGUUACAAAACAACGCCUCCUAGAGCUGCAAACUUCUGUCAAGGAGGAAGAACAGCACUUGCAGCAAUGGAUCCAACUUGAUGGACAUCUUCAGCAUGGGAAAAAUGCCGAAAACAUUCUGGCUCAAAUAGAUGAGGUGUCAACAUCCCUUCGAAAUCUUGUCCAAAAGUUCAACCUACCGAUUGCAGAAGGAGCUUUUUACAACUCUUACAACCCAUACAUGGAUUCGCUUGAAGCUCUAUGUCUUCCAGGGACCAGGACUGAGCUCCUCUGCCAGGUUUCAGAGUGGGCUGAAUCGUCUGGUAGUAAAGGCAUAUUCUGGUUAAAUGGCAUGGCUGGAACAGGAAAGUCUACUAUUGCCCGAACCGUUGCACAGACAUUUAAAGACAAUGGGCAACUGGGAGCCAGUUUCUUCUUCAAAAAGGGUGAAGCGGACCGUGGUAAUGCAAGGAGAUUCAUAUCAACCAUCACAAAGCAAUUAAUAGCCCAUGACCAGCAGUUGGCAUCUGGCGUUCUGAAAGCAAUUGAGACGGAUCCUGAUAUUUCAGAGAAAUCUCUCCGAGAUCAGUUUGACAUGCUCAUUCUCCAGCCACUCCAAGCACUGGAACUGGAUCAGACUACAUCAAUGGUAAUUGUGAUUGAUGCGUUGGAUGAGUGCGAGCAUGAUAAUGAAAUACGGAUCAUCCUUGAACUUUUGCCAUAUCUGCAAUAUUCAACCUCCAUCAGACUAAAAGUUUUCUUAACAAGUCGACCAGAACUUCCAGUGCAACUUGGAUUCAAGAAGGUUGAUAAUCAUCAGGAUCUGGUGCUCCAUCAGCUUCCGCAGCCAGUAAUUGAGCACGACAUACGGCUGUACUUGAAAGACAGACUAUCAAAGAUAAAAGACGAUAAUGAUACACUCCCUCCCAAUUGGCCAGCAGUGACAGAAUUGAGAAAUUAG